ACAUGAAUGAGUUGUAUAUAAUGAGUGGACUGUCCUGACACCAGUAUCACCUGCAACAGGUACAUCUCCCUCCUGCCUGCUCCUCCGACCUCUUACCUGCUCCUCCUACCUCCUCCUCAUCCAGAGCUUCCUGAACAUCAUCCUCUUGGUCAUGAGGGGUCUUCUCGCCCUAGUUCUCCUCGGGGGGGUGCUGGCCGUCGGAGCGGCUCCAGGAGCACGCAACAGUUCAGCUCUGACCAGUCCAGCUGGGACUCGUGCAGAGAGGAUCAACUUCUGCCUGGACGGCUGGGACAAUUUCCGUGGUGACUGUUUCUACCUGGAGAACAAUCCUGCAAGCUGGGGCACUGCAGAGAGACUAUGUGCAGAGCGGGAGGGCAGCCUGGCAUCGGCCCACAGCGCCUUGGAGUACCACUACCUGCAGCGCCUGGCCCAGACAGGAGGCCACACCUUCGCCUGGCUGGGGGGAUACAACUUCCUGGGUGAGUGGCGGUGGGAGGGCGGAAGUCCCUUCGACUAUGUCAAUACGGAGUCCGACGUCUCCCCAAGCGAAAACCAGUGUCUCCUCAUCAACACGGAAGGGAACAAGGGAUGGUCCAACCACCGCUGCAACAACUUCUUCCCCUACAUCUGUGAGAUGAGAUCCAACUGCUAGUCCACUCGGAGGAGUGUCGCUCACAUCUGGAGCUGGUGCUGACUGCUCUCCAUCCAGAUGUUCCAACCAAACAGUUUAGAACACACUUAAUGAGUCAUCCUAUCUCUGAAGUUACUAUUCUGCACGACCACUAAUAAAACUAUAUACAUUCUACUACCUGUGUGUCCAGAAGAAAUUGUUUGAUAAACUGUUGUAAAGCUACCAGCAAGAAAUUGAUAAAACACACAUUUGGUCAAAUACAAGUUUGAGCGUGGAGAUGGUCUGAGCUUUGGUUGCAAUAUACGAUGACAGAGGUGACAGCAUAUUCUUUGUCAUUGACAUAUCAAAACGUACAACUUCAAAUCAAAUGAUUUGUUAAGGUUUGAUAACUCGGUCUUAGACAUCUUUGAUAUUGUCCUUUUUCUAUAGUUCCCCACAUGUUCCCUGUAUAAUCAUUUGAAACGCGACCAAUAAUCUACGAUGACGCCACAGGGCUUGUAUUUUGUCUGAGAUCGUAUUUAUUUAUUUCAUUUAUUUGUUUAUUUGACAGGUUCAGUGCAUAUUAAUAAACAUUUCUGUAUAUAUGCCAGAUUUACCCAGAAGGCUAGUUUUUAUCUGCAGUCCUCGGCCAGAUGUAACAAUAGGCUCCCUAAAAAGCAAAUAACAAGCAAAUAACAGGAAGAAAAAAAGAGAACAUAUAAAAGCAACAAAUAAACAUUAAUUAUAACCACAUACAAGUAUUCUAUGUAUCUCUUAAGUGUCAGGACCCUGCAAAGGAAGACCCGGGAAACAAAGACUAAGGGAGUCUCUCUGUGGGAGUCCCUCAUGGAAGACCAGGGAAG